CCGGCUCACCUUUAUAUGCGCACGGACGUGUCCCUUGGACUCUACACUCUCCAGGAACAACCGCCGUUCCAGCGCGCCAACACAACAGAGACACACAAGAACAGUGAAGAGGGCAGCGUGCCCGCCAUCCAUCCCGGCUUCGUCGCCAUGGACCUCCGCUUCGCGGAGAAGCUCCUGAUCGGCCUGUUCGCGUCCGUCGUGGUCGCCAUAGCGGUGUCCAAGCUCCGCGGCCGCAAGCUCCGCCUGCCUCCCGGCCCCGUCCCCGUGCCCAUCUUCGGCAACUGGCUGCAGGUCGGGGACGACCUCAACCACCGCAACCUCGCCGCGCUGGCCCGCAGGUUCGGCGACAUCUUCCUCCUCCGGAUGGGCCAGCGCAACCUGGUGGUGGUCUCCUCCCCGCCGCUGGCGCGGGAGGUGCUCCACACCCAGGGCGUCGAGUUCGGCUCCCGCACCCGCAACGUCGUCUUCGACAUCUUCACCGGCAAGGGCCAGGACAUGGUGUUCACCGUGUACGGCGACCACUGGCGCAAGAUGCGGCGCAUCAUGACCGUGCCCUUCUUCACCAACAAGGUCGUGCAGCAGUACCGCGCCGGGUGGGAGGCUGAGGCCGCCGCCGUGGUGGACGACGUGCGCGCCGACCCCAGCGCCGCCACCGAGGGCGUCGUGCUCCGGCGACGCCUGCAGCUCAUGAUGUACAACAACAUGUACCGCAUCAUGUUCGACCGGCGGUUCGAGAGCAUGGACGACCCGCUCUUCCUCCGCCUCAGGGCGCUCAACGGCGAGCGCAGCCGCCUCGCGCAGAGCUUCGAGUACAACUACGGCGACUUCAUCCCCAUCCUCCGCCCGUUCCUCCGCGGCUACCUCAGGAUCUGCAAGGAGGUCAAGGAGACACGUCUCAAGCUCUUCAAGGAUUUCUUCCUCGAGGAGAGGAAGAAGCUAGCGAGCACCAAGGCCAUGGACAACAACGGGCUCAAGUGCGCCAUUGAUCACAUCCUGGAGGCGCAGCAGAAGGGGGAGAUCAACGAGGACAACGUGCUCUACAUCGUCGAGAACAUUAACGUUGCAGCGAUCGAGACGACGCUGUGGUCGAUCGAGUGGGCGAUCGCGGAGCUGGUGAACCACCCGGAGAUCCAGCGGAAGCUUCGGCAGGAGCUGGACGCGGCGCUGGGCCCCGGCCACCAGAUCACGGAGCCGGACACGCACAGGCUCCCCUACCUGCAGGCCGUGAUCAAGGAGACGCUGCGCCUGCGCAUGGCUAUCCCGUUGCUGGUGCCGCACAUGAACCUCCACGACGCCAAGCUCGGCGGCUACGACGUCCCCGCCGAGAGCAAGAUCCUCGUCAACGCCUGGUACCUCGCCAACAACCCUGACAGCUGGAGGCGGCCCGAGGAGUUCCGGCCGGAGCGCUUCCUGGAGGAGGAGAGGCACGUCGAGGCCAACGGCAACGACUUCAGGUACCUGCCCUUCGGCGUCGGCCGCAGGAGCUGCCCCGGCAUCAUCCUCGCCCUCCCCAUCCUCGGCAUCACCAUCGGACGCCUCGUCCAGAACUUCGAGCUGCUGCCGCCGCCUGGCCAGGACAAGAUCGACACCACCGAGAAGGGAGGCCAGUUCAGCCUCCACAUCUUGAAGCACUCCACCAUCGUGUGCAAGCCGAGAGCGUUCUAGCUUCGAAGAGCUGGCCGUGUGUGAUCGAUGCUCCGGAGUGGGAAUGCUCUGUUCCAUCUCUUGGCUGUCUUAAUUAUAUAGUAGCUCUCUAUCUCUUCAGAGUAGAUAAAUAUUCAGACAAAUGUUAAUCGCAAGAGAGGGUUGGACAGAUAAAAAACAAGGGAUGAAAUGUAGAGAUCUGAUAAUUAUUCAAUGCAGCGUUCAAUUGAAAAAAAAAACUCGUUGCAAAUAACCAAGUCUGUAUCAAGGUUUUUGGAGUCAGUAAGAAGCAUGUACGCACACAUGCCACUUACCGCUCACUCCCAGAGCUCUGGCAGAAGCAAUGCAGUUUUCCUUUCAGAUUA